AUGCCCUCUCUCCAUGGGGCGUUCCAGGAUUCCCGGAUUGAGAUUCUAGUGCCAUCGGAGCGAUUGCGACCUAUCUCCAUUGAUACUUCGUCAAGCACUUGGUGGGCUGAUCUUCAUCGGGUACCACAACGUACAUUUGCGUUCUUCGAUGAAAAACUGUAUAUUCUACUCGUCCUGAAGCUUUCAGAAAACGCGGACGUGUUGUAUCCAUUGCUUCGACGACUGCAGGUUGCCCUUGAGGCAUCCUAUAUAUCACCUUUCAUCCCUUCUACGCAGACUGGGCGUAAGCCGCCACCACCAAACAUUUUAACUUUUGGUACCGAGUCUCGAAGUAACACUGCAUUUUUCCCACCAGCGACUCCCAAUCCGAUUCCUGCGACUUCCACACCCGACCACCCUUACGCGAACGCUGACCCAGGUAUCAAUCUAUACACGUCUGUGUGGGGAGAAAAGAUGAGAGGCGGCGCCAGGGAUGAGUGUCCCGAGGAUGAUUUUGCAAUUGCGUGGUCCAAGCAAGAGAACACAUGGGUUGCGAUAUAUGAGAUGAACGUUCCCGUGGCGUUCUUGCAAUCGCGCGUAUCUAGGCCGCUUCUGUGCCUCACAACUUUGGUCACAUUAAGGGACAAAGCUCUUUCAGAUACACCUCAGCGCCGUCAACUCACGGAAAAAAUUGCACAAGCCGGUAUCAACGUAUCUAUGCCAGAGCUGGAGCGAUCCGAUGAAAUUGACGAAGGCGACACAAUCGUACAAAGCAUGUCUGAGGUGAAUUUACUCGGAUCUUUGAAUCAGGGUGUUACCUUUCACUCCGAGACUGAUCCCCUCUUUCUGACUUCUGCCCGCCUUGGGCCUUCCGUCUGUCAACAAGCUUUCGGAAUAUUUCCGUUUGCGUCUCGGGACCCAAGUGAUGCUGAAGCAACGUCAUCACAUAAGACGACACUGCGUAAAUCAUUCCGCAAGACGCUCCCCGCGUUAGAGGGGAUUAAAGUUCGCAUGCGGAAUUGCUUCGUCCCGUAUUCUCCAAUCCAUGGGAAAGGGAAACUGGGGGAGGAUGAUGAUGAACAAGACAUUGGGACUCACGAGAGGACCGUCAUCCUCAGCGUAGAGAUCGAAAACUCGGAAGAUUCUGGUAUGUGCUUCCAAGUGGAGAAUGUCCAUGUUGAGGUGAGCGGGGAACGCUCCAUUACUCGCUUCAUUGGUUGGGGUGGAAAAACGGUGGAAGAGCUUCUUCCUCUUGAUUUAGCGUCGAAUGACCAGAUCAAUCUUAUAUAUGCUGUCGCUUUGGCAUCCCCUUCAAGCGUUUCUGGGCCGCGUCCAUCGGGACGUAUCAACGUUAGUUCAGGUAUGUAUGAGGAUGGUCUGGAUGACACCAAUGGACGGCAAUAUGUCUCCAUAUCUGUAAUUGGUCAUCCUUUUGGUCACGAUGCCGGUGGGGCGCAUUCAUUGCGUCUUCCGACUUUUGCUUCGAAGUGGAACUGUAUCCUGGAUCUCAAAGCUUCUCAACUAGCGGAUCCCCUCACCUGGUAUAAUAAGCCUGCUUCUCCCUUAACGGCGGAGGACGCCCUUUCAACACCCCCCUCCCCAUAUACUGGUUCAUUCCCGCGUAAUGUGGGCGCGUUCUUUCCAAGCAGCCGUCAGGGGAAAGGCUCUUUAACUGGACAUCGUCCGCAAGGUUUACAACCCUUCCCCGCUGGGAGCUCGCUGCCAAAUGCGCCUAAGUUUGUCCCUACUCCUCCUUCAGCCGUGGUGGCCUCUUUCAAUCUGAACAGAGCUGCAACAGAGGCUGCUGAGGAUCAUUCCCUCACCCCAAGAUUGAGCGGGUUCUACUCCAAAGCAAUCAAUGCUUUGCACUCCCCGCUUCGUACUCCAGCUUUUCCAUCGUUGCAAAGCCCACCUCCACCUUCACCCCUCUCGCAGUUUCCUGCAGGGACAUCAUCUCAUGAUGGUGUCUCCGUCCUCGAAAGUCGCCGUGACACAACCAACUUGGCCAAUCUCCCCGCUGCAGACAGUGAUCAUACGUUGGCCAUUGGCCGCGACUUGACACACAAUGUGCUGGUUUCAGUAACCUUACUACCUCCAGAAAAACCAUCCAACCCCAAAUCACCCAAAUUAAUCUAUCCUCAUGAUGUGUUCUCAUUAGAAAUUCUCGUUCUGAAUCUCUCCGACGAGGUGCGGCGCUGCGAAGUUGGUUAUUCAGAUAGCCGUCGAUUAGCCAAUAGGGGCGUGUCGAAGUUAUCCGCUGCGUCGCCCCUUAGCUUGAUGCCAUUGGAUAAUAAAAUCAGAGUCGGGCCCCUGCUCCCAGGUGGAUGUCAGUCUGUGCGGAUGCACAUCUUGGCGCUUGAACCCGGCAUCCAUUUAAUUGAUUCUCUCACACUGACCGAUGUUUUUCACCGUUAUACAGUCAAACUACGGUCCGUCGUACCUUCGCCUGAUGGCUGGGCUUUAUUCUGA